CAGUAAACCCCUCUUCCCUCCUCUCGCAUACGUCCGCAUAUCCUCUAAUACCCAUUCUCCGUUACUCUUCCCUAUAGAGGAUCUAUCACCAACGAUACGCAUUGUGAAGCAACGACAUCCACAACAAAAUAUUAUCUAACAUUUCACGUUCACUAACGCUUUGUCCAUUUCACUCUUUUUAGCACUCCGAGCUCAAGAAAAAAUAAACUGGAGCCCGGAUGGCACAACCCACUCAACAAUUUCCACCUUGGUUAACCCCGGUAGUAGCCACAGUAACGGACGCUGCUGGAGGGGUAGAGACUCAGACUACGGUUCUUUUCCUGCCCUUGACUUAUUACGGGCCAUCUAUCCCACUUGGACCAGAUUGGACUUAUGGUGGCCUUACGUCUCCAGCGUCAACCUCCACUACCACACCUACACCUACCACCACCAUUACCGAGACUACGCCCGCAUCUUCCUCGCCAUCGUCGCUAUCUUUAUCUCUGUCUUCCUCGUCUUCCUCGUCCCUGUUGACACCGAGUUCCACCUCAUCUUCACCAACAGGUUCCAGUACCGUUCAAUCAAGUGGUGGAAGUGGAUUACCGAAGAACCAACUGAUUGGUAUAAUAGUUGGCGCGAUCCUUGGCUUCAUUUUCCUUUUCGUCUUCAUACUCGUCUCUUAUCUCUGUCUAAAGUCCCGGCGUAAAAGGCAAGGUCGGGAAAUUGAGCCCGACUAUGAUUUCGUUGAACGGAGUCCAAGACAUUCUGGGGAGGAAGCCGAUCCGUUCCUACAGACAGGUGCUUCUCAGGGGGCUUCUGAGCCUCAGCAGAUGAGGGAGUUGGGUGUUAGCGGUAGAGAAGGAACUGGUAUCGGCGGAGCGGGUACUAUACCGGACAACAGCAUGUCCUCCAAUGGAUCAUCGUCGACAGGUUCAGGUUAUGGUACGGUCCUCCCUAGACCUACCAUGGUAGGAGGACCCGGAAUUGCAGUGGCAACAUCGGCACACAAGCACGGGCCUAUUCUGUCACGGGAAGAACUCAUACGUCUUUCGGAAGAGGCUACCGAUUCUGCUGUAAGCCUCUCUCGCAGCAGUCUUCGAGCCGUACCUCCGCAGGGAUCCAAUGACGAAGAAAUGCUUCCCUUAAUGCCACCCCCUCGCCUUCAAGAUUCGGCCAACCAAACUCGUAGUCCUAGCCGUAUCAGUUUGAUCUCGCAUGAUUCUGCCGCUGAAGCCAAGUUGAUGACCGCUAGGAGAGUUAGGGCUGAGGAUUUGGAACCACGAACGCCCCCCACGCGAGUUGGGGAACUCCCUACGACUCCCACGGAGAAGAAGAGGUCUUCUGCUGUCCCUGGGUGGCUUGGAGGACUUUUGGGUGUUUCCGCUGGCAGUAAUCCGGUCGGCGAGGCUGACACAAGUCGAUUGAUGUCUUCUCACGACGACCAAGAUUUGACACCUCCACCUCCCAUUCCUAGGCUUGGCGUCCUCGCAAGAGAAAGGCCUGAAUCCAGUGUAUCAGCGAAGAGCGGCGUAUCAGCCAAAAGUGGGUCAACUGUAUACCACGACGCUCGUGGUUCUCCUUAUUCGUCUGCUCGCGGUACCCCGGAUAUACCAGCUCCAAAGGGAGUAAUGCCACGUUCAAAUUCCGCUGCAGAGAUGGGAUAUUGGGCUGGACGUGGUGGAAGUGUGCCCGGUUCGUCUAGCAAUCUUAGACACGCCAGUACACCACCACCACCAUUACCCGCACGAAGUCCGACUAAUCCCGGCUCUCAUGAUGAUAACACGCUCUCCUCUUCCUGUAGUAACGUUCCCUUGACGAAUCCUCAUUCACGCACGGACACGGACGUUGAUGUAUUGGAUAUGCCCGUUCCGAACAGAGAACCGUCCUUUAGCUCCCUGACAAUUGGCUCGACAGCUGGUUCCUCGAAUGACAGCUAUCAAAAGAAGAAGUGGCCUUAUCCUCCGGGGUUGAUGCCUUCCGUGGAAGUUUGGAACGACACAGAGGGCAGUACGCCGAGCCCAGGUUCUUUUGCCGCGUCUGCAGGUGGAAACUUGAGUUUUGGUUUGGAUUUAGAUUUGGAUGCCGAGCCGCCAACGGCUGCCGAGCCAUGGAGAUCUUUGGCAAGGGUUGUCGAGGCUCAUGAUAGGAGGGAUACGUUUGGGCUUGCGAUGGCACCAAUGAUCCAAUACCCGCCUGAACACGAAUCUGAGGCAGCUUCGAUCCACACUCACGUCUCACGUCUCCACUCGAGCUCCGGUUCUAACCCCUCUGUUCACCUUCGAGGCCAAACAGGUUCAACUGGCUCCUCGUCUUCACGGAACGCUCGGUCUAUGCUAAGUGGCCAUUCCGGUACCGCUAGUUUCUCUUCGGACAAUCACAGAGCGCACCAUCACAGAGGACCUGGGCGGCUUUCAUCGAUAUUUGGUCAACAAUCAUUGAGUGCUGCCACGCAAGAGCCAUAUGUUUCUUCACCGAGAUGGUCUCCACCACCGCCUAUACCAGCUCCUGUUACUGGGUCAUUGAAAGGACGAGAGGUGCGAGUCACCCCACCCCCGCGUGUGGUCACUCGUACCGAUCAUCAUGAGCUGGAGCUACCAUGGGCUGCUGGGUUGACUGAGAAUUGGUCACCGACAUGA